AUGGAUCAGAGGCGCGCGGCGGCGGCGCUGUUCGCGCUAGCCGCGUGCUUUACGUGCGCAACAGCAGCACCUACUGCAAGCAACCAGACGGCGCUAGAUCUUUUUGAAGCUCCAGUCGAGGGAUGCUACUAUAACUUCCAACACUAUGGCGAAAGCGACCGCAUCAUGACCAACGAGCCAUGCCUUAACUGCACGUGUCACAACCGAAUGCUGAUGUGUUAUUUGAGGGUUUGUCCGUUCACGAAACCCAUUGGACAGGACUGCACCGUGGAGAAACGUGCGGAUCAAUGCUGCCCCAUUGUCACAUGUCCAGAUGUUCCAGUAGAUCUACUGACAUCCACAUCCACCUCAUCUCCAGCAGAAUACGGAGCAACUGGAUUAGGCAAAAUGGACAAAUAUGGCUGCAGUAUUAACGGAAAAUACUUUCCUGAAGGGGCCAAAGUUCCACCAACUCCGAACAAGCCAUGUGAACAUUGCUACUGCAUUCAUAACAUGACAACGUGUGUUAUGCAAGAAUGUACUUUGCACGUAGAUGGUUGCACACCAAUAUAUCACAAAGACGUCUGCUGUCCUAUUCGUUACUCAUGUGAUCAUGCCGAAGAUGAGAUACCUCUUCUGGAUGACAUGACUACAACAGUAAGACCAACACCUGGAUUUUUGUUAACAACUACAACUAUGAUGCCAGUAACACAAGCUUCACAAAACUGCGUUCAUGAUGAUAAAAUAUUUUUUGAUGGAGCUCUUAUAAAGACUGAAAAAGCUUGUGAACAUUGUUAUUGUAUGAAGGGCGAUAUAGUUUGUGUAGUUCAAGAAUGCGGUACACCUAUGGAAAACGAAGGCAAAAAUUGUACAUCGCUACCUCCUAAACAGGGCCAGUGCUGUCCAGAUACAUAUAUAUGUGAAGGCGACGAACUAUCAACCACGCAAUUCAAUGAAGAAACUACUACCUUGACACCUCCAAGAAGAUUCGGGGUUGAAGGAAGUGGAUACAGAAAUGAGCCAGACGAGUCUUACACUGAGAUGUCAUCAAUUGGUGAUACUGAAAUAGAGGGAAGUGGCGAAGAUAAUUUAUUGACAACCAUAACGAGCUUGCAUUCUGAUACACCUCCAGUAACAAGCCAUAACGUAUAUCCAUAUUCUACAGAAAUUAAUGCAGUUUCUUCAGAAGUAACGACACAGAGUGAUAUUGAAAACGAAAACAAAGUAUUGACAACUGAGCCAUCAGUUUCUAUUACUUCAACCAAUGAAAAUGACUUAAAGCAAGAUAUUGAUGAAGAAAAGGGUUUGAAUGUGAUGACAACAGUAGUACCUUCAGGACAGCCUGCGUACACUACGUCAGUUGAAGAUUUGAAACAAAAACAAGAUACCUCUAAAGAUAUAUCAACAACUAAAUCUCCAGAUCAAUAUACUACUUUAGAGCCUACUGUUACACCGAAAUUAAAUGAAAUAAGUGAAGGUAUAACAGAAAUAACUACUAAACAAAGUUUACUAGACGAUGUAGAUAAUAUGACUCCAAUAGACGAGGAAUUCAUUAUUGCUACAAAAUUACCCGAAAAGACUGAUGAUAUUGAAAAUAGUUUCGAAGAACCUCUAACUACUUUCAAACCAGCUAAUGUUGAGGAAUCGAUUACCGAACAAGAAAGUAGUGAGACAACGCCCAAAGUAAUGACGUUUACUGAACAACAAACCUAUUCUACUGUUACAACAAGUAGUCUAGAAACUACCACAAUAAACGUACAGGAAAAUGAAAUCUUAGAAGAGACGUUACCAGCUAGAAUACCGGGUGAAGGAGACUGCUUGCUUGGCGGUGUAACAUUUAAGAAUAAUACUUCAGUUCCAAGUACAAAUAAAUGCCACAUAAGUUGUAAAUGUGUUAGUAGUAUUAUCAAAUGCGAUCCUAUAAUUUGUACUCCACCUCUAGAAUAUAUGGAAAAUAUGAAUGAUUGUCAGCCUAUUUAUGACUCGCCUGACUCGUGCUGUCCAACAUAUGUUUGCAAUACUAAAGAAACUAUUGCCCCAGAAUCACAUAGCCAAAUGUCUGGUACAGAAAUUCCAAAGCCUAUUGAAUGUGUGGGUGAUGAAUGUCGUAUUAAUCAAGAAAGUAAAACAACAGAAAAUCCAGUUGAACAUUCAUGCGGUGAAAAUGGUUGUCAAGGUACAGAACCAUCCGUUUUACCACAAAACGACUUAAAUGACUGUUCAAACGGAAAUUGUGACUCUAAGAAGGAACAAACCCCAGUAUCUGACACCCAACCGUGUGAUGCAACAAGUGGCUGCCAAGUACCAGUAAUUAAACCAUGUGUAGGUGAAAACUGUAUUACAAAACCUGUUGUCCCGACUGAUAUCCAAGAUAAAUUUGAAACGAAUAACAAGCCUUGUAAUAAUGAAAAUGAAUGUCAAGUACCAGUUAUAACACCAUGCAUAGGUGAUGAUUGUAUAAUAGAUUCCAAAUUACCCAAUAAUAAAGAAACGGAUGUUCUAGAUAAGGAAACUAAAGAUGAGCAAAAUACUUGUACAGAUGAAAAUUGCCGACGAAAAGAAUAUGAUGAAACAAAAGCCAAUGUACCAUGUUCCGGCACUGAUUGUACGCAACAGGAGACAGUUUCUCCUAAUGACGUAACUUCACCUGAAUCUGUUCAACCUAUUCCAACAACAAAACCAGACCAAGCCAAACAACCGGAAGAUUUUACAUUAUCUGAACCUCGGAGUACAUUAGAACCAUUUAUAGAAACUACGGUACCAAGUAUAACUACUUCUUCUGAAAUUAAACAUACGGUUGAAACUAUUCGUGAAGAAAGUACAACUCAAACCUAUUUAGUCGAUGAAGGCUUAAUAAGUCACCAACCCGAUAGACAUUCAGAAGCUGAUAAGCCUUCUACUGAACCAUCGGUUCCGGAUAUUGAAACAGUAACAUCAUCAAUAUUUGAUUUAAGUACUGUUAAAGAACAUCUCGUAAUAGCAACAGAACAAGCUACAACUGAAUACAGUUCUAAACCCUCGGAUGAAAAUAUAAUGCACACAACUUUGGGUGCAUCCUUAGACGAGAUAAAUUCACCGAGUACUACAGAAAUGGCUGAUAAAACAGAAAUCAGAACAGAAGCAGUUUCUAAAGAAAAUACUAAAGACACUUAUAACAUGUUGACUGAAUACCCUAAAUUAGAAUCAACUACCGCCGAUACAAUGGUUUCCUCUCAAAGUGACAAAGAAAGUAAUCAAAAUGAAUUUAUCCAUGUUACCGGACCUCCAAAUGUAGACGAAAAAACUACUUCCAGUGAAAUAUUAGAAGAAGAAAAAAUCACUAUUGCACCGCAUUUGUCAUCAUCUAUUCCAUAUGAUGACAGAUCAUCUGAUACCACAGAAUCGGAACUUUCAUUUACAAAAGAAAUACCAGAUUUAGAUCUGUCAGUACAACCAAUCUCACAUGUGACCGGAGCACCUGAUUUUAUUUCUGAACAUCCAACAACAGAACAAAAAGAAAAUUAUCCAAGCACUUUAACUCCUGAGGCAUUUACCGAAAAUGCAGAUGAGCCUACGCAUCCUGAAAUAUACGCUAUAUCAACAGAAGUAUCUAAAAAGGAAGAACAUGAUUUCGUUUCACCAGAUGUUCCCACAGUAACAGAGGCACAGGUGAUAGAAGAAGCUACAGAAAUAUUUAACAAAGAAGGCACUACUUUCCAGCCUGAGUCACACAAGCAUUCAGAACCAGAAAUAACAUCACCUUCAACUAUUGAAGAAAAUCAAACUCAAAAAGCUAUAGACCAGGACAUACCUGAACUUUUCACAGAAGUCAGCCCAGCCACCGAGUUUAAUCGAAAUGAUAGCCAAAAAGAUCAAUCUGAAAUAGAGCAAGUUGACCUCACAUCAACUGAUAAGCAAGAAACUCAAACCAAGAUCCCUGAAAUUAAGUAUACUGAAGUGACUCAAGACUUCACUACUGCACUUAAUGAAAACCCAACAGAAGACAAUACUUCAGAUAUGAGGAAGGACAUUGAGCAAAACACUGAAACAUUGGCUACCAUAGCACCUUUAAUUGAAGACGAAAAAAUUACUACAUCCGCAGAAUCGAUUGAAUCAAAUGAAUCUCCGUCUGAAAACCCUGUUGUGCAUAAAGAAACAACUACCUUAAGAGUAAAUGAACCAUCAGGUUAUACAACAAGCAAGCCAAUAGAAGACACGUACACCAAUAAAUUUGAACAUAGUGACAUAUCAGAAGAAACCACUAUAAUUUCAUUGCCAAAUAUUUCUGAAAGCGUAAGUGAAUUGGUAACUGAUAUAGCAAUAGAAAACUAUUACACAAAGGAUACACAUACAGUAACUGAACCGUCAAAUGAAUCAGACAAAACUGAAAAGGAACAUUAUACUGAAUCAGACAAAACUGUUACUGAACAAUCGACUGGAUCACCAAAUGAAUCAGACAAAACUGUUACUGAACAAUCGACUAGAUCACCAAAUGAAUCAGACAAAACUGAUAAGGAACAAUAUACUGAAUCAGACAAAUCUGUUACUGAACAAUCAACUGAACCGUCAGAUGAAUCAGACAAAACUGUUACUGAAAAAUCGACUGGAUCACCAAAUGAAUCAGACAAAACUGUUACUGAAUCAUCAAACGAAUCAGACAAAACUGAUAAGGAACAUUAUACUGAAUCAGACAAAACUGUUACUGAACCAUCAAACGAAUCAGACAAAAUUGAUAAGGAACAUUAUACUGAAUCAGACAAAACUGUAACUGAACAAUCGACUGGAUCGCCAAAUGAAUCAGACAAAACUGAUAAGGAACAAUAUACUGAAUCAGACAAAUAUGUUACUGAACAAUCGACUGGAUCACCAAAUGAAUCAGACAAAACUGAUAAGGAACAAUAUACUGAAUCAGACAAAACUGUUACUGAACAAUCGACUGGAUCACCAAAUGAAUCAGACAAAACUGAUAAGGAACAGUAUACUGACAACAAAACUGUUACUGAAAACGACUGGUCACCAAAUGAAUCAGACAGAACUGAUAAGGAACAUUAUACUGAAUCAGACAAAACUGUUACUGAACAAUCGACUGGAUCACCAAAUGAAUCAGACAAAACAGAUAAGGAACAUUAUACAGAAUCAGACAAAACUGUUACUGAACAAUCGACUGGAUCACCGAAUGAAUCAGACAAAACUGGUACUGAACAAUCAACUGAACCGUCAGAUGAAUCAGACAAAACUGUUACUGAAUCAUCAAACGAAUCAGAGAAAACUGGUACUGAACAAUCGACCGAACCAUCAGAUGAAUCAGACAAAACUGUUACUGAAUCAUCAAACGAAUCAGACAAAACUGGUACUGAACAAUCGACUGAACCAUCAAAUGAAUCGGACAAAACUGAUAAGGAAUAUUAUACUGAAUCAGACAAAACUGUUACUGAACAAUCGACUGGAUCACCAAAUGAAUCAGACAAAACUGAUAAGGAACAAUAUACUGAAUCAGACAAAACUGUUACUGAACAAUCGACUGGAUCACCAAAUGUAUCGGACAAAGUUGGUACUGAACAAUCAUCUGAACCGUCAGAUGAAUCAGACAAAACUGUGUUUGAAACAUCUACUGGAACACCAAAUGAAUCAGACAAUAGUGUUACUGAAAAAUCAACUGAACCGUCAGAUGAAUCAGACAAAACUGUUACUGAACCAUCAAACGAAUCAGACAAAACUGGUACUGAACAAUCGACUGGAUCACCAAAUGAAUCAGACAAAUCUGUUACUGAACAAUCGACUGGAUCACCAAAUGAAUCAGACAAAACUGUUACUGAACAAUCAACUGAAUCGCCAAAUGAAUCAGACAAAACUGAUAAGGAACAAUAUACUGAAUCAGAUAAAACUGUUACUGAACAAUCGACUGGAUCACCAAAUGAAUCAGACAAAACUGAUAAGGAACAUUACACUGAAUCAGAGAAAACUGUUACUGAACAAUCGACUGGAUCACCAAAUGAAUCAGACAAAACUGAUAAGGAACAUUACACUGAAUCAGAGAAAACUGUUACUGAACAAUCAACUGGAUCACCAAAUGAAUCGGACAAAACUGGUACUGAACAAUCAACUGAAAUGUCAGAUGAAUCAGGCAAAACUGUUACUGAAAUAUCGACUGGAUCACCAAAUGAAUUUGACAAAACUGAUACUGAACAAUCGACCAAGUCAUCGAAUGAAUUAGUUGACAACGAAAUUGGUCAAUCUACUGAAUCGAUAAAAGAAUCUAAGCCAGAAAUCUUAGUAACAGACGAAAUUGAGAAAGAUGAAAUGACUAUCUCAAACACUGAUAAACCUUAUACUACUUUAUUAGAUGAACCUGUAGACACAAUGAAACCUCAUGAAAGUACCGAAUCUUCUGUAAAUAAUGACUUAGGCCAAACUCAUGGAAUUGAGAUUGUAAAAUUGCCCUCAACUCUACCAAACAUUAUUCCAGAGGUUCUAGAGACUGAUAAAACAUUUGUAAGCACUUCUGAAUCAACAUUUGAUCCUGAAUCUGGAUUGAGUUCAACGGCGUCUGCGAUUGCAGUUGAGUUAGAACAAGAAACGAAAGCAUCUACUGAUAGCUCUGAAACACAAGAAAAACAAACUUUAUCUCCGAUGUCACUUAUAACAGAAAAACCACACACAGUAACUGAAUCUGUUACAGAAAAUUUACAAACAAUAGCAGUUACUAAAACCAAGGAGUCGGAACUAACUACUGGCGUAGAAAUUACAACAGCCGGUAAAGAUUUAUUAACUACAAAACAAAAUGCAGAUACUGUCACGCCAUCUAUUGAAUCUACAAGUAGAAUUAAAGAUUCUGAUGUAACAACUGAAUCACCUAAGGAAGAAACGACAAGUAAGGCUAGCCAAUCUUUAGACGAAUCUGUACUUGGUGCUAUUACUGAGCAACCGGGUACAACCUUCGAUGAAUUAACAACACGUUCUGAAAUAGAAAUGACUUCUUCGUCUAAAACGCAAAAAACAGAGGCCCAAGUAGAUGUUUCUACCAAACCAUCCGUACUAACAUCUGAAACUCACGAUGCAACUGACUAUCCCAUACUUAUUGAAGAAAAAACAAAACAACCUGAACUAUUCACAACUGAAUUAAUGAUAGAAUCAACAAAGAAGUCUGAUCAAAUAACUGAACAACCGCUAUCAAUAUCAACUGAUCCUCAAGAAAUUACCAUGUCUUCCGUAGAUGAACAUAGACUAUCAAAUAGUCAGGAUGAAAUUUCGACAACAGUAGUUGUAGAAAAUGAACCCGAGAAAUUCACAAUCGCACCAGAAUUGCCCCUAAUUACUAACGAUGCGGAUACAAUUCAGGAGGAAACACCUAAGCAAGAAAUUGAUUCAACCAAACAUAGAGAUCCAGAAGGCAGUACCGAAACAUCUUACGAAACACACACAAAACCAACAACUGUAAAAGAGGAAACAUUCGUUCCUACCCAACAUGAUAUAUUAUCUCAAGACACAACCGAUAAAACACUCUCAACAGAAAGUCUUCAAUCCGUUACACCUGAACAAACCGCAACAAAAUCACCGAUCGAGAAUACAAGAUUUGAUUCCAUUAGCUCAACACUAACGGACACGACAGGUAUUAGCACAGAACGUGCAUUAGCUGAUAAGAUUGAUAUACAGGAAGCAACCACUGAAUCCAAAUAUGAAUAUUCAGAGACAACUCCAUACUUUGUUGAACUUGAAGAACAUACACAUCAAAUCAUGCAAGAGACCUCUAUUAUACCUAUAGAUGAGUCAUCAACAGAAAGAGCAACAGGUAUUCAAUCCACUGAACGAGGUGACCAACCUCUUUCUGAUAACUUAGAUAACGGGUUGCAAACAGAAAAAUCAACCGAUGUAACGGUAACUCCCCUUGGCUAUAGUCAAGAAACCACACUGAGUAAUAUUGACGUAUACACGACUACCGCAUCUGAAAUAAGCAGUUCUUCAGAACCACAAAAAGAUACAGAAGUUAGGGAGCAAGAUAAGUUGGAGCCAACAGACGAAGGAAUUGAAUCAACAGUUUCACCUACUCAAACGUCUUCUAUGAUUCAAAACGAAGAUAAUCUAGCCUCUAUUCCAUUGGAGACGAAGAUACCUGAUUUAGAAAUCACUGCAACAACAGAAAAAUCCCAUACUGUUAUGAAUGAAGAAUCUCAAAAACCAGAUGUACUAUCGGAAACAAAGAUACCCGAUCAAUUUACAAAAACAACUACACCUCACUACGUUCAUGAAGAAAUCACGUCAGUUAAAACAACAUUAUUUGAUGAAAAAUUGAUUGAAACUUCAUCUACAACUAGCAAACCAAUCACAACAAAACCUGAUGAUCAACCCACUGAAGAAAUACCAUCACCAGAAUUCCCACCUAGCGGUGUCAGCGGUUACGGACAAGAACCAGACUAUGGCGAAGAGGAACAAGCAGUUAUACCUGGUAUAUGUCGUUACGGCGGUAAAGUUUAUGGAUCUACACAGCAAAUACCAAGAGACGACCCAUGCGACUUUUGUUUCUGCUUUAGAAGUGAUAUCAUUUGCUUGCAACAGAGUUGUCCCCCACCCAUCCAUGGAUGUCGUGAGGAACCUAUUCAAGGAUUCUGCUGUCCUCGCUAUGAGUGUCCUGUGUCUAUGGCAACGACACUGAACGUUACCACUACGACAACUACUACCACAACAACUCUACCUCCACAUUUUCUUCCUCACGCGUAUAAAGGAGCAGCACAAAGAAGAGGCUGUCACAUUAAAGGUCAUACGUACAAGGUUGGCGAAGUUGUACGUGCUUCCUCUGGACCUUGUCUUCACUGCACAUGUGGCGGCGAUGGUCAAAUGAAGUGUGAUCCAAAGGCGUGCACCCCGGAGCCGAUGCUGAGACAAAUGAUAGCAGCCGCGGUGUCCGCCCGACGGAGGUGA